AUGGAUCUCAAGCACAGUCACUCCGUGAAGCUGAAUGAUGGACGCUGCAUGCCAGUGCUCGGAUUUGGCACUUACGCUACUGAAGAUACUCCCAAGAGCAAGGUUGCUGAGGCCACCAAAGUGGCUAUUGACGUAGGUUUCCGUCACAUCGAUGCAGCGUACUUCUAUCAAAACGAGGAGGAGGUCGGACAGGCCAUUCGCGAGAAGAUCGCCGACGGCACCGUGAAGAGAGAGGACAUCUUCUACACCACCAAGCUCUGGAUUACCUUCCUCCGACCAGAAUUGGUUCGACCAGCCCUGGAAAGGUCACUGAAGAAACUUGGAUUGGACUAUGUUGAUCUCUUUCUUAUCCACAAUCCACUGGCUUUGAAGCCUGGAGACGAGCUGCUACCAAAGGAUGCCAACGGAAAAUACAUCUUUGAUAACGUGGACCUUCGUGACACCUGGGCGGCCCUGGAGAAGUGCAAAGAUGCAGGUCUAACCAGGUCCAUCGGGGUGUCCAACUUCAACCACAAGCAGCUGGAACUGAUCCUGAACAAGCCGGGGCUCAAGUACAAGCCCGUCUGCAACCAGGUGGAAUGUCACCCCUACCUCAAUCAGAGCAAACUCCUGGCAUUUUGCAAGUCCAAGGACAUUGUUCUAGUUGCCUACAGCGCCCUGGCAUCCAGUAGAGACCCAAAAUGGACAGACCCAAAUAGCCCAUAUCUCUUGGAGGAACCAGUCUUGAAAGCCAUCGCCAAGAAACACGGUCGAAGCCCAGGGCAGGUGGCUCUGCGCUUUCAGCUGCAGCGGGGCGUAGCGGUCCUGGCCAAGAGCUUCACUGAGAAGAGAAUCAAAGAGAACUUCCAGGUUUUUGACUUUGAAUUGACUCCAGAAGACAUGAAAGCCAUUGAAGGCCUCAACAGAAAUUUCCGAUAUACUAAAUUCGAAUUUGCCAUUGACCAUCCUUAUUAUCCAUUUUCUGAAGAAUACUGA